UUUAUAUUGUUCAGCGAGGUUGUUGAAUUUCAGUUUUCAGAAUUUGUUUUGAUUUGGAAUAUAAAGAAAACUGUACCUAUUGCGUGACUGUAGUCGAGAAGUUAUUAUUUAAAUUUAAAGUUUCCCAAUUGCCACGCCACCAUGGCUGAUAAUUUCAAUCCUAACAACAAAACAAUGGCUCCUGUAAUGAUGGACUAUGACUUCAAAGUGAAGACCCAGAACGAGCGGUCUAAAGUUGAGGACUUGUUUGAUUAUGAAGGCUGCAAAGUGGGCAGAGGCACCUACGGACAUGUGUAUAAAGCUAGGAGAAAAGACAAUAGCGAUACUAAGGACUAUGCUCUCAAGCAGAUUGAGGGCACUGGGCUCUCUAUGUCAGCUUGUAGGGAGAUUGCGCUACUCCGAGAGCUGAAGCAUCCAAACGUCAUCAACCUGAUCCGAGUGUUCCUCUCCCACAAUGACCGCAAAGUGUGGCUGCUCUUUGACUAUGCAGAGCACGAUCUGUGGCACAUCAUCAAAUUCCACCGAGCAGCGAAGGCUAACAAGAAGUCCGUCAUGGUGCCGAAGGGCAUGGUGAAGAGCCUGUUGUAUCAGAUCUUGGAUGGAAUCCAUUAUUUGCACUCUAACUGGGUCUUGCACAGAGAUUUGAAACCAGCAAACAUCCUAGUAAUGGGUGAAGGGCCAGAGCGGGGCCGUGUCAAGAUAGCAGACAUGGGGUUCGCCCGUCUGUUCAAUGCUCCCCUGAAGCCUCUCGCUGACCUUGACCCAGUGGUUGUGACCUUCUGGUACAGAGCUCCUGAGCUUCUACUGGGCGCUAGGCAUUAUACUAAGGCUAUAGACAUAUGGGCUAUUGGCUGCAUAUUUGCGGAGUUGCUGACUUCGGAGCCAAUCUUCCAUUGCAGACAAGAAGACAUCAAGACCAGCAAUCCUUACCACCAUGACCAGUUGGACAGGAUAUUCAAUGUCAUGGGCUUCCCGCUAGAAAAGGAUUGGGAAGACAUAAGAAAAAUGCCUGAACAUGCCACCUUAGUAAAAGACUUCAAGAGAUCUAACUACCAGAACUGCUCGCUCAGCAAAUACAUGGACCGUCACAAGAUCAAGCCGGACAGCAAGGCGUUCAGUCUUCUUCAGCGGCUGCUGCUGAUGGACCCGAACAGACGGAUCACCUCGGAGCAGGCCAUGCAAGAUCCGUACUUCACUGAGGAUCCGCUGCCUACUCAGGACGUGUUCGCCGGGUGCCCGAUCCCGUACCCGAAGCGCGAGUUCCUGUCAGACGAUGAUCAAGACGAGAAGAGUGAUUCGAAACAGCGCCAGCCGCCGCCGCAACAGAACAAUGUGAGAAAUACGCAACAGAACCAGGUGCAGCAGAACAACCACGACCACGCCGCCAACAACGCCAAGAGAAUGAGGAUGUCAGGUCCAAACCAAGGCAACAACCAAUCGGGCGGCGGCCAGCAAGAGUUCCAUCAACAACAACAAAUGAUGUUCGGAAACCAACAACAAAACAACAACGGGCAACAACAAGGCAACUUCCAGCAGCGGUUCGAUAGACUAUGAGCCUUGUUCCCGUGGCCGAAGGUUGGUUUUAGCUUGACGCCCGUUUUCGGCCGUCUUUUGACGUGAUGUGAGAUUAAGAGUGGAGUUUGAGUUACUGUAAAUGCAUUUUGACACUUAUUGCGUUUGUUAAAUGAGUGUAAAAAAUUAAACUCGGAUUAGUAUGGUGAAACGAAGAUUGAGCUAUUUAGGAUUUGUUAGCAUAAAUAAGAAGCUGAAAGUUUUUGUUGUCAAAAGUGAAUCGUAUUGUAGUGCCUAAGCGUAAUGAAUAAUGAAGUCUGCAUUACGAGUUACGAGACAAUCGUAUGAAUGAUUGAAUAACUAAAUCAUUAUUUAUUUUGGAUCGCGACUGCUAUCUAUUACUGAUCCAUUAUCAUGCCCUUCAGAAGGUUAACAACUGUUAAUAUUUUUAACUGUACCGAAACGUUGAUAAAAAGUUUUGCAAAAGAGAUCCAGCUAGAUUGGGCCUAUAAUAUGAAUUAUAACAAAACUGUUAAUGCCGCAAUUUAUUUUAAAAUUAUAUUCAAUUCUAUCUUCAGUUAAUGUGAUGGACUUCAUACAUUAACAAUAAAUUUCUACUACCUUAUAAUUGAUUAAAUAAAUAAUUAUAAAUCAUUCACAUGCAAGAGUCUCUCAAACCUAUUCAAUAAUAAAAUAGACUGAUAAGCCUGCCUGUAAUUAAAUUAAUUGUACAGUAUAUUUAAGUGUAAUGCUGUGUAAAAUAUACGAAAUUAUUUACUGAGC